GGCCACCAGAGGGCGCUGAGAGUGAGCAACUUAUUCUGGGCGCUCUUCCAUCAAAACUGAGCUCUCAUAAAAUGCAACUGAAGCCUUACCACCUGCAGUCUGGGCUCAGUUACUUAAUGCAAUUGCAAGUUGUUGUUUUUGGAGUUUUUUCUGCAGCUUGUACUUGCUCUCAGCAUUUAGAGUGCAGAAACUAAUCUGACCCAAUGUUUAGAGUCCUGCUGGAAGGGGAAGAUCCACCACACACAGACGAAUCCUACAACCAGACUGCAAGCCAGAGAAAAUGGACUGGACUGGUUUAUCAGUGGUUGUAAGCCCAGCAAAGUUUGCAUUAACGUGGAAAUCAAGGUCUCAGAAUCUGGGGGAAAUUGUGGAGAGGCGCAGAAUCCAUGUUGCUUGAAGUUCAGCGUGAGUUAAGUGCAACUCAGCAAAAGGCCUCUGCAAGCGGCACGUUUCAUGGAGCCAAGAGGUGCCAGCCGCCAUGCCAGGUGUUUUCACAUGAACCACAAGAGCUUCAUCUGGACUGCGGCUGGUUGGCAGCUGUAUUGUGGAUAAGUAACAGUCACCAUGGUUGCCACGAGUAAAUUAAAGACUAAAAACACGGAGGGUAUUUCGGAGCUGGUUGAAAGGCGGUACGACCAGGUGUGCAUCGAGAAAGAGUUGGAUUUCUGGGAUCACUGCAUGGCCGAGCCCCAUGCAGACGUAACAGAGGACAGAAGCUGCCACCAGUUGGCUAAGAUGUUUGAAAACUGCCUGUCCCGGGCCAAAAAAACGACGUUGCACUGCUCCUCUGUUCUGGUACCAGAGAAGCUGACCCGGAGGAUAGCCCGCGAGGUUCUCCAGCUGGCGUCCUGCGAGCCCUGCGGCCUGCGCGGAUGCGUCCUGUACGUCCACCUGGAGCUGGAGAAGGGCUGGAAGCAGCUGGAGCGCAUUGCAUGCGAUGCCUCAGUCGUUCCCACGUUUGAGCUGACUCUUGUGUUCAAGCAGGACGGUUCGGUUUGGCCCAGCCUGCGGGACUUCCUCUCAAUGGGCUCGUGCUUCGGCCCGACCUUCAGGCACGUCAUCAAACUGAGUCCAGGUUUUCGUCUGGUCAAGAAAAAACUGUACUCCUCCUCGGCUGGCACUGUGAUCGAGAAGUGUUGAACUGUGUUGGAAGUGAGAAAGUGUCUCCCUGCGGUGAAAUGCACUUAAAAAAUUACAAGUGAGACCAAAGCGGUGUCACGUUUUCAGCUCUUUUGUACAAGUUUGUCACUGUAAGGUUAGGAUUUUAAAUGCUAAACAAACCAGAUAUUUCUGACUUCAGCUUCAUAGUCCUUAAAAUUUCCCUUUUUUCUUCUUGGAGCAGUUCCUCACUCAAGCACAAUUUUACAAUUUACCUUUUCAAAAUGAAUGUAAAAGUGUUCACAUUGACAUGUUUGCGGGAGACUCUUCUGCUAAAGGCACUAGCCACUUUGUAGAUGCAUCUGUGUUUCCAGAUGCUUUGAAUGUUAAGCUGCAGUAACACAAUGGGAAGUUUUCUUCCAAGAAAUAGAAGCAUAGUUAUGCAGUUUGAGAGCAAGGCAAUUGUUUUCAUGCUCAGAUAUUGCAGUGCUCUCACUCAAAACUAUGCUAAAAAAAACAACAACAAAAAAAACCUUGUAACAUGCUCUGCUCUCACUCAAUAUGUCGGGGUUGUUUAGGUUUGAUGUGUCUUGAAUCCUGCAGUAGAUGCUUGAACCUUUGCUCUCUGGUGCUUUUCCUCUAAACACCAGACAGAAGGCUAAUUACAUCCUUUGGAAUAAUUAGCGUUCUGUCCAGUUCCAACCAAAAUAAUAUUGUGGCUUCGACAUAAAAAGCCCUCUUUAGGAUGUGUGUAACAUAGUUGAGUUCAAAUUUUACCCAUAAGCAGAGUACUGUUUUUUUUUUUUUUUUUGUGCAAGAUGCACUAAAUUUCAUUGCAGGAAAAAACUGUUUCAAGGACAAGCAGAGAGGAGCGUUUUACCCCCAGAGUCAGCAAAGUUGUGGGUGAGAGCAAUAGAGUAAUUUUAUGAAUCUGAGGGUGAAAAUUGAUAGAAAAUGUGUGCUCCUAGACUUUUGAGUGGAAGAAUUCCCAUUGAAGGUGUCCAGGCUUGACUUGAAGACCAUUGUGUGGUCUUUAGGUAGCCAUAUGCAUCUAGUUGUGAUGAAGUGCAAACAUCAAGAGCUGUGAAGAUGCUGUCAGGCUGGGGGCCUUAACUCGUACAACUGUCCGUUCUGCACUCGGAUCACAGCAGUGGGCUGUUCUGUGUGAAUGUUUUAAUGCAUUUUUAUUUUUAUACUGACAGAUACACCUUUACAAAGCAAGAGCCUUUAUAAACAAUUAAAAGUUUGGUUCACUCAGUGUUGGAGGCUCGGCUAUUUUUAAUUGUGUACUUCGGUUUAUGGUAUUCUUUGUCUUUUAAUCCUUAUUUAUUGUGCAAGGCAAGUACUUGUCCAUUAGCCAAUAAAAUAUUUUAUAAUUUUUA